AUGUCUACCUACGGGAAGCCAUCUCCUUCUCAACUCCAUGGCUAUGAUACCGGUCGACCUUAUCAAGAAGGGUCAUUUCCAUAUUCGACCUCAUCAUAUGGAUCUCAGUCCGUUCCGUCUUCAGGCGCUGCGCCCGGGUUUCUACACGCUCCCCAGCUAACGCCGAUGGCCUAUCCUCCCCAAAGUCGCCCGCCAUUCGACGUUCAAUCGGGCCCUUAUUUGAACGUUGGGUCCACGCCUAUUCCUGAAGUGACUUCAUAUUCUCCUUCGAGCGGCUCUGCAAACACCAAAAUCUGCGUCUCCAUUACGUCUCUGUACGAGCUCAUGACAAGCAGCACACCAAUCUUCUUCUUGACCUUUGGACGCCGCAAAUGCCCAGCUUCUUUGGCAAAAGUCAGCCAGCACGGUGGUGUGUGUCAAUAUACAGUAUCGGCCGAGGUACCCGAACUUGCCGCAACCAGCUGGUCAUCUUCGCAAGUACCAAUAGAUUUGUUCAUGGAGAGCGGAGAUGGGGACGUGAUGGCGAAGGUCAACGUGGGUCAUUUUACCUUCGUUGCAGCUCAGCAUGGUAGCGGCUCGGCACAGGAACCCUCGAGAAAAAGGAAGCUGUCUACGGACUCAGGCGAUCUCAUGAAGAGUCCUCUGAAGCGGACCACGUCGCAGCUUUUGAGGCCAAAAGAAGAAUACGGCAGCACAUACGGAUACGCGGCGGAGGAGGGCCCCUCCUACUCGUCCUAUCUACAACCAGGCCAGCAGUACACCAGCAUCAUGCCCCAAUACAACCGGUCGUUGGGAGGUUAUCCAGGACAGCCAUCCCCAAGGCUCCUUAACUACGGUUGCGCAAGCUCUACCACAACAUCCCCACCAACGAUAAAGGCACAGUCGCCACACGUCACAGGCUGGAACCCUGCAUAUGGAGCUAUAGGCCACAAUAUGAGACGGAAUUCUGUUCUUUCAGAUGGAGGUGUCACUCGCACGUCCCUGUCAUCGCUCCAUUCCCCGGCCGGGGCGGCAAAUCCACCGUUAAUUAGGACGUCAACAUUACAACAGAGUCCAAGUCCGGCCUCGACCCCUCAUGGAGGACACCCUGGUCAGCACUUUAAUGCAUAUGCACUUUAUUCGAACAAAGCGAAACUCGAGAUCAACGGCGAUCUGGAUGCGAUGGCUCAAAACUGGUCAGGAGAAGAGUGGGACGCGAAGAGAAGGCUUGUGCAAUUCCGUCGGUCACAAUCGGGUAGUACGAUUACAACCACAUUCCAACCUGUUUCGGUCGACGAGCGGCCGCCGACCAGUGUAUGCAUCAGUUGUAUCUAUUGGGAAGAGAAGCAGGAAAGUUUUGUCACUAGUGUGGAUACGAUCUAUCUCCUGGAACAGCUUGUUGCAGCUCGAUUUACAGUGGAGGAGAAGAAUCGGAUACGGAGAAACCUGGAAGGGUUCCGGCCCCUGACGGUUUCCAAGGGCAAGCAGGAUAGUGAAGAGUUCUUCAAGGUCAUCAUGGGAUUUCCCGCGCCCAAGCCCCGCAACAUCGAGAAGGAUGUCAAGGUAUUUCACUGGAAAGAUCUGGCGUCUGCCCUGAAGAAGAUUAUCAGCAAAUACUCCGCUAGUCCUUCAUCAACAAUCCCACCUGCGCCGGCGCUUCUCACGCCAGUCAGCUCGACCGGUUAUGGCACGGAAGGUUCUUCUGCCGGCAUAUCCUAUGCAGCUGACCAUCAUGGCCAUAGUCAUGGUCAAGGUCAUGGUCCGGUGUCUCCCCGCUCAAUAUCAGGUUCGACAACCUCAACGGCGUAUGCGAGCAGCAUACCGGCACGUGUGCUCUCCCCUCGCAGCCAGAAGUCCUUGGGGCUCACCGGUGGUCCUCCUGAUCUCCGCGUCGCCCUUCCGCACAACCCCCACGAGUCAGCCGGUCAAUGGGGCAGCGGAGGGGGAGGAGGCCAGCAUCACAUGCAAAGUUCGCCCCAGUUCGCGCCGCUAGGGAGCCAGAGCAGUCGCAGCUCGUGGGAUAUGUCGUCGUUCCUAGAGAACAGCCCUGCGACAGCCGGGCCUGGAAGUGCGUCGGCGCCGCCGCAGUCGCUGAACCAGUCCUUGAGUUAUUCUCGAAGUAUCGUGGAUGUGGGUGUCGCGUUGCCCGGGGGAAACAACCGGCUCGCGCGAAGUCUCCCUUCGCAACAGCAGCAGCAGCAACAACAUCAGCAACAGCAGAGUCACCAGAUUCCUCCUCCUCCACGAUCAUGA